CCGCAUCAGACCAUCCUGCCGGUCUUCAUUUUACUGCUAACUGAGAUAUGCUUAUAGUUCUGUCCUCAUGCCGCAGACUCUGACUUUCUCUCACCAGCCAUGAAUGCUCGCAGAGAGGGGGUCGGAUUCUCCACUCAGAGUCCCUUCAGCAGCGUGCAUUACAGCAACUAUGACACCGCUUUCCAGCAUUUGCAAGGCCACCCCAGCUUCUCCGUCGGUGUAUUGGUGACCGUCGUGUCCGGUUACCUUAUCUUGAGCUAUCUGGGUCUAGUCCCUUUUUCGCUGGUUCGUUUCGUAUGGAACCUAGUGGUCCGCUUUACACCGUCGCGACUGGUUGCCGCACUCGACUCUCCGAGAACUGUGUCGGCGGACGACUCGCCGUCCGCGCCGAUGACGUUCGAAGCGAAAAGCGAAGCGAUGAGACGGAUCUUCGGUCUCGACAAUGGAAUUUUCUCCGCCCUCCUGCCUCACGCGUCGGCCUUCCCCGGCUUCGGCACUUCGCUCCUGAGCGGCAAGGACAACCACCCGCCGGGUCUGGGCAACUGGGACAACUCGUGUUACCAAAAUAGCAUCAUCCAGGGGCUGGCAUCCCUCCACUCGCUAGAAGACUUCCUGGAGAGGAAUCUCGAACAGCUGGGCCAGCGGUCCUCGUUCUCCACCCACCAGGCCCUGAAGGAGAUUAUCGAGCGACUGAACAGCGCGGAGAGCUACGGUCAGCGGCUAUGGACUCCGCCGGAUCUGAAAUCGAUGAGUAGUUGGCAGCAACAGGACGCACAGGAAUACUUCGCAAAGGUCGUGGACCAGUUGGAUCUCGAAAUGCGGCAGGCGACGCGGCGGCAGACGCGCAACCUGGGCCUGAAAAUGGCUGGACCGCAGGAACAUGUCAUUGGCACUGAUGGGGUCUCGGAGCCGACAGACCGUGCGGUUGAUUUGCGGCCAGCAGCGUCGGAAACCCAGCUCGUUGCGAACCCAUUGGAAGGUCUUCUCGCCCAGAGGGUUGGAUGUAUACAAUGUGGAUGGACCGAGGGUCUAUCUCUGAUCCCGUUCAACUGCUUGACGGUGCCGCUUGGGCCCAAGUUUGAGUAUGACAUCCGGGAGUGUCUUCAUCACUACAUGCAUCUGGAGCCGAUUGAGGGGGUGGAAUGCGCCAAGUGUACCUUGCAGCGCACGCGGGCCCAGCUCUUGAAUUUGCUGACCCAGAUUGAAGAGGAAACGAAGACUACGCGGUCGAGUCCUCAGUCUGCAACAGUCGCGGAUGCUCUUUGCAAGUCGGCUCGGGAGCGUCUACAAGCCGUUGACGAGGCACUGGCGGAGGAAGAUUUUGCCGAGAAGACAUUAUCAGAGAAAUGCCACAUUCCUUCGAAGAACAGGGUGUCCACAACCAAGUCACGACAGGCCGUGAUUGCUCGACCCCCCAGGUGCCUGGUCGUUCAUAUCAACCGCAGCAUGUUCGACGAGAUGACAGGGAUGCUCCGGAAGAACUACGCCGCCGUCAAAUUUCCCAAGACCAUGGAUCUGAACGAAUGGUGCCUCGGAGGGCUGUCCUCGAAUCAAGCCAACAAGGACAUAGAGCAAUGGGGAACCGACCCUAGAAUCUCGAUGCUAUCACAGAUUCGAGGUGACGAUUCUUCCAGCCGACUAUAUGAGCUGCGAGCCGUGGUCACGCAUUAUGGUCGCCACGAGAACGGCCAUUACAUUUGCUAUCGGAAGUACCCGACGGAGGCUUUCCCGGCGCAUGUACCAGAGGCCGUUCUCGAAGCGGACGGCGACAAGGAGAAGCCCGAGCGGUGGUACCGACUCAGCGACGAGGACGUGCAGAUGGUCAGCGAAGUCAAUGUCAUGUCCCAAGGCGGCGCCUUUAUGCUCUUCUACGAAGCAGUGGAGCCCGGCUUCUCCUGGGGCAUGGACUCUGACGAGCUGGCCUCGCAAGAAGGCGAAUCAACGCCGUCGUCGACAUCCAGCAACCCAUCAGAUGGCAUGUCGGCUACAUCAGCAGCCACUGGCGACACUGUCUCGGAUGUUUCGCAAGCGACCAGCGUCGCCGCCUCGUUACCUGUCGAACCGCUUGGCGAGAAGUCCGCAGUAGUCUCGGACGUGGAUUGAAUCUUUGCGGCUGGUUAUCCCAGAUCCUGUAUAUCAGCGUUAUAUGAUACCCCCGAUGUGCAAACCAUUCGCAGGCGUUUAGUUUCUGCUUUGCAUGGCUGUUUCUCCUUACCUCUGAACAUAGCUUCCGCUGCCAGAUUUGUACACCAAUGCUUGUAUUUUAGGGAGAGAGGGCAGGAGGCGAUCGAUUAAUGGUACAUUACGACUCGGUUUUGCUUUUACAAGG